AUGCCAGCAAAGCAGGAGUGUAUGCGCGCCCGCAAGGACCUUGUCCGGCGCGAGAAGAAGCUCUCACGCAUGGCGCAGGACGUCGCGCGGGCCAUGCGGGAGAUGCCCGUGAUGAAGAUAUCCAAGGAUUACGUUUUUACACGGCCCGACGGCAGAAACGUCUGCCUACCCAACCUCUUUGAGGGCAAGAGGCAGCUUGUCGUCUACCAAUUCACAGUCGGCUCUGGGGCGUCCGACGCCUGCGCCCGCUGCACCUUCCUGGCGGAGCGCUCGGCGGACGCGCACCAGCUCGACUCGUAA